AUGUGGCAGGAAAUUCUUAAGGAAUUUUCUUAUGUUGAGAUGUCCAUGAGAAAUUAUGCCAUUAAUAAGAACGCCAAAAGACUGAACAUAAUGACAGCUACAUUAUUUAUGUUUUUUGGAUUGAUAGAGCACAUUUUGUUUGUGCUGACGAAUGUUGACCACAGUUUGCCCCAUCCCGACUUCAACAAAUAUCCAAUUGCCACUUACUUUCGUGCUGCUUUUCCGCAGUGGUUUACUUUAGUAGAUUAUUCUCACUUGGCUGGAGCUCUUGUCCAGUUUACUAAUUUUAUCAGCACUUUUACAUGGAACUUUACUGAUGUCUUUAUCAUCUUAAUGAGUUUAUCGCUGAGGGAAAAAUUUAACCAAAUAGCCAUCAAAAUAAAAGAGUAUAAGAAUCCACCAAUUAGUUUCUGGAAGGAGAUACGAGAAGAUUAUUAUAAAGUGUCUUGCUUAACCAAAGUAGUAGAUGCUCAAAUUGCUGGUCUAGUUUUAAUAUCAUUUAUAAAUAACAUAUUUUUUCUUUGCAUCCAGUUGUAUAACAGCAUAAAAGAGAGGGAAGGUAUUAUUGAUAGUGUUUACUUUUUCUAUUCGUUUGGAUUCAUUGUCUUUCGAGUGAUCGCUGUUUCCCUAUAUUCCGCUACUUUGAACGAAGCAGCUAGAAAGCCAUUGAAAUAUUUGUAUGCUUUACCUACAGAAAGCUAUACCACUGAUGUUAGCCGGCUUAUUACUCAGAUAAACUAUUUACCUAAUGGAAUAACUGGACACGGUUUCUUCCUUAUAACGAAGAAUUUUCUAUUGCGAGUUGAGAGAUUUUUAUAUCAAGUUGUAUCUGAUAUCAUGCUAUUGACUGGAAAACAAUUCUUUAAAAUACAAAGGCAUCUUCUCCUAAAGAUAUCAAACGCAGUUGUAACGUACGAGUUAGUUAUUAUACAAUUUGUUCAAAAUUUUAGGCAAAUUGAAUAA